UUUUCUCAACUCUCACUAUCAUUUCAUCGCCAUAUUCAUUCCAACACCACAACACUACCACCUAUACCUCUCUCACCAAUGGCCUCCACUUCCGCCGUCUCCAUGGCAAUGCCGCUGCCCCGCUGCUCCGCCGCCGGGAAGCGGCAGCCACCGACCGCGGACGCUUUCCUCAAGCCAUUGGCGCCGGUCAGGCCAUCUAAGGCCGCUGUGUCGAGGCCGCCCGUCGGGAAGUUUGAGGUCAGGGCGUCGUUGAAAGAGAAAGCGGUGUCCGGGCUGACUGCCGCCGCGCUGACGGCCUCCAUGGUGGUUCCUGAUGUGGCGGAGGCCGCGAGCGGGGCGUCGCCGUCGCUCAAGAACUUCCUGCUCAGCAUUGUGGCUGGCGGGGUUGUGCUCACGGCCAUCGUGGGUGCGGUGAUCGGCGUCGCCAACUUUGAUCCUGUCAAGCGGAGCUGAGAAUUGGAUUGGUUGAUGUGUGUUUUAGUAUGUUUUUUUUGAAUCUAUGAAAUGUUAAUUUUCAUGCACUAUCAAAUUUGUGGGUUUUGCAAGAUUUAAUUGUCUUUUGUUAAA